ACUUUCUAGCUUCUCUUCAUUUCACGUGAAAAGGGUUGCGAGCCCAAGCCCCAAUCCCCCAAAAUUUUUCGUCGAAAUCGGCCGUGAGAUCCGCCCAGUUCGCGCUCCGAUCCGGCGCCCACCGUCGGGGAAGGUUCCGCCCCCCUCCGACGAGAUGGCGGGGAAGGGAGCCAAGGCCACGGCGGCCAAGUCAGCGGACAAGGACAAGGGGAAGAAGGCCGGCGGUCCCGUCUCGCGCUCUUCCCGCGCCGCGCCUCAGGAGAAAUCUGCUCCGAAGAAAGAUGUUUAUCAAUUGUUUGCUGAGAAGGUUAGGGAUAACAAACAACUGGAAUCAAGAUGGGCAAUCAUGCAAGAAACUCGAGUGGAGUAUUUUCGUGGAAAAGAUUUCACUACCUUCAUCAAGAAUCAUCCAGAAGUCAGGGAAAUUUUAGGGCCGGAUAAAGAUUUAGAAGUGGAGGACAUUGUUAACACUUUGCUGACCAAGAACCUUGUGAUAAGAUGUGACCGAGUUAUGAAAACUGUCAGGCCUGGCAAGAAAAAACUAUCAUCAUGGCCUGCUCAUUUGGAAAUACAUAAUGAACAAGUGUUUACCGAAAAUGAUGGUUUCUUUGCUUGGAUGUUUCUCAAAAGGCGGACCUUGUGGCAGACAAUUCUUUCAUUUGUUUGGCCUCUUUUUGCACUGGCAGUCUGCUUAUUUCCAGUUUACCCAUAUCAAUGCAAGAUUGUUGUACUGUACUCAUGUGCUGGAGCUCUACUUUUCAUCGUCUCCAUUCUUUUGCUAAGAGCUGCUAUCUUCGGCAUCUUAUGGGUUCUUCUUGGGAAACGUGUAUGGUUCUUCCCCAAUAUAAACGCAGAGGAGACAACAUUUAGAGAACUCGUUCGUUUUUGGCCUGAAAAGGAUGAAGGAGAGCGGCCAAAGUGGACAUCGAGACUUUUCUAUGCUCUUGUCGCUGUAUUGGUGAUAUUGCUCCUUAGGCACCAUGCUCCAGAUGAAGCAGCUAGAGCCAGGUACCAAAAGAAGGUUUCUAACAUAAUCGAUGAUGUUCUGGAGUGGUCUCCAAAGUUGGCGAUUUCUGGAAUGAUUGAAAAGCAUACUGGGGCUAAUAUGACAGAAGCCAGCAACUACACCAGCACUGGUGGGAGUAGUCAUGCCCAUCCCUCUGCCGAAGGCAAGGCUACAGAAGCAAACCCGGAUACGGAUGCAGAUGGGGAUACACAGGCUGACUCAGAUGAAAUCCAAGAUAGCGGGUAUGCUGAUGAUACAAGAACAAGAUCAAAUGAAGCUUAAAACGACUUCAACUUUAUCCUGUAGUUCUUUUUGAGUACUCUUCGUUGCUGUUCAUCUGCAGAAUUAAUAGAUAGGUUACUGACAACAAAAAAUCAAAGCGCUCAUGUUGACCAUGUUCCAUUCACAUAUUGCCAACAAUGGCUGUAUUCCAAGGUUCUCAAAGAAUGUUUUCUCGUAGAGCGUGACAAAAUUUUCAAA